AUGACAACAAAAGAUGAACCCUUCUUGGGCAAUAUUCUCGUAGAUACAGUGAAUAAACAAUUUCAGACACAACGAUUUAAUGUUGAAUUUGCAUUUCUGAAAGAUACGACUGUAAAUACAGUUCUGGAAGAUCUUGAAGAGGCGUUGUCUGAGAUGGGAUUGCAGAUGGUAAUUCCAAGAAAUCAAUGUGCAUUAGCCUAUGAUAGUAGUCAACACCACUACAGCAACAAUAACAAUAAUAAUGUAAACAUGAACUCUGGAGUUCAGGAGAAUAGAGAUGGUGAUAACUUCAGGCGAUUGAGUAGAGGAAGAGAUGCUGCUGGUGUUAUUGAGAAUAAUAAUGAUGACAAUAACAUGAAAAAUGGAAAUGACUAUCCUACUAUAUUGACAGGUAUGGAUUGUAUAUUUAAAGCACCAGAGGUGGAGGCAUUUUAUGAUCUCAAUCGUCGUUGUGGUCUUUCCCGAAGUGCUACCUUUAUUGUUGUGAGAAAAACCGAGCGUCGACGUUCAUCCACGAGUCCUUCAAGUCAACCGCGUGAAAUCCAGAAUUCUGCAAGAUAUGAUCAUCAAACAACAACAACAACAACAGGAAAAACAACAACAGGGAGAACAGCAGGAUCAGAAGUUGGUUUAUCUGUAUAUCUUCUUCCUCGUCAACACCAGUUUGAUGACUCCGCUAAUCUUUUACUCGCCACAUCUCCACAAGGUACUUCAGAGCAGGAUGAAACGGAUAGUAAAUACCAAGCGGCUUUAGCGACUGUACGUGAAAUGGUCUCAGCAGAGGAAAAAGGAAUAAUGAACGCACGUCGUCAACAACACAAUCCACAACGUGAACCACACUGGUCUUUACAACUCAACAAACCACCCUCACGAGAAGAGUGGUUGCAGGCUGUAGAGGCGGAGGCGGCAGCAUAUGAUCGUUUAGCUGCUCAUUUCACACAUGCCACUUCAGCAGCAGCCGUACAACAAGAGGAAUUACGAAAUUUAUUAAAAAACGAAGUAAAUGAACUUCAUGAACGUGUAGACGCUGUAAAGAUUCAUGUUACAAAGCGACAGGCCUUACAAGAACGGGUGGACCAGUUGAAAUUAGAAGUAGAGGCACAACGGGAAAAAGAAGGCGAAUUACUGCGAGCAUUAGAAAAAAUGAAGUAUAGUGAGAUGAGAUCACAACAACAACAAUACCAACAGCCACCACCACCAGUAGUCCCUCCGACAUCUCAUGCAUUUAUUUUUCAUCAGAAUGAACGGAGUGCCUCUCAACAUGGAUCACCACUACCGAAUGAUUUCGGUACAAAUACCUCCACUAUUCAUGCAUCUACAGCCGGUAUGGAAGCUGCUGGGGGAUCGAACUUUCUAUCUCCCUCACUGCGGGAAGAGGUACGUCGUGCCUUAUCACCACAGAGGCCAACUCCAGUAUCUGAACAACACCAACACCAACAACAACAACAACAACAAAAGAGUGCUCUGCAGCAGUUGCGCCUUCUUGCUGCAGAGCUUAGUCAUCAUCUGCGUUCACCGAAUCCAAAUCCAGGGGAGCGACAUAGACUCAUGGCAGCGAUUCGAACACUUAGACAGCAGGUGGAAUUACAGCAAGUAGAGAGUUUUCAGGAAAUAAGAGAAAGUCCUGUGCGCUCAAGUGCCAAUAGAAGAAUCAUUUGA